AUGAAGAGUAGCUCUUCCCCUAUAUUUACUGAGAACAGAAUAAAUCAAGAUGGCCUAAUCGUUGAACGCGCAUCUCUGCAGGCGCCAUAUGCGCCGUCGCAGGAUGAGGUUUGCUGGCCAACGCAAUUUAAUCAACAGAAUGCACGUCAACCGUGUGUGGUCCAAAAAUAUGCAGGCCAGCAGAAUUCAGUAAAAUGUACACUGGCCCACAAUGCACUCGUUAAUCGAAUUGUGUCGAAUGAAUUGAACAACUCCACCAAAUUACGGAAUGUAGGUUCGUACACUGAAAGCAAUGUAAAAGAAGGUGUUAGAACAAAUGACUCGACGGGAAAAAAACAACAAACACGUCGACCAUCCAACUUACCAAACACACCACCGCCGGAACCACCUACACCACCUUGGUCACCACCACCACAACAACAGGCACAACGACCAUCAGACACACCACCCCUUCCAUCUACACCACGAAUACUACCGUCCAUAGACGUAUCGAACGGAGGCGGGGGGAAACAGAGUCGAGUAAUGUCCUUGUUAAAUGAAAUAAAAGAAACAUUAUUAAUCAGACCACAAAUAAUUGAAGCAAAAUUAAAAAAAUUAGAACAAGCUUUGCUAAAUAAUAAAUUAAUAACAGAAUCCAAAUUAAAGGAAGUGAAGCAGGUCUUAUCCGAUAGGGAAAUAAUAGGAAAAAAGAAAAGGAGCGUUUUCAAAGUCUUGAAGGAAAAUUUUUUAAGCAAUCCAUCUAUACGAAAAUUAAUGCUAAAAGAAUUAGAAGACAUUUUGCUAGGAAAUGAAUUAAACACUGAAUACAUUUUAAGUGUGAUAAAUAAAAAUAAGUUUAGUAAGAGAUUGGCCUAUUUGCCUUUGUUAAAUAUAUUUGGAAGAUUCAUCGUAUCCAGAAAAUUAAUGGAUGAAUCGAAAUUAAAAGAAUUAAAAGGGGUUUUGCUAAGUGACCAACCUAUCACAGAAUCGCAAUUACAUGAAUUAAAAGUGUUGCUAGUGGAUGUAUUACAUAAUAUUACUAAUGCAGAUAAUAACGCAACAUCACAAAAUAAAGUAAGUAAUUAUCACAUCAUUCGUCCCGUUCCUCCGGAUGUGGAUGCGUAUUACUUUUCACAGCGACCUUUCGAUUCGGCAAUCAAUGUGGAUGCGCGAUACCCUGACCACCAUUUAUUGCAAAAUGUGCAUUCGCUCAAAAAUCGGAACGAAUUGCCUAGAAGGGAACCUUUCAAUAGUGAUGCAUUUAUAAGAAGGACCAAUUUGAAAAGGAGAGAAAAUUUAUCUCUGGAGGUAGACCGUUCCCGGAGGACAAAAAAAGAUGAACACUAUAAAAGAAAUGUGUCGCAAAAAGCAGAUUUGGUAAAAAAGAAUGAACUGUUAAAAAAGAAGGUUUUGAGGGAGGCCGAUUUGGUGAAAGAGAAUGACCUGUUGGAAAAGAGGCUCUUGAGAAAGGACCAUUUGAUAGGGACAAGUAAUCUGAAAAGAGGUCAUACCAUUUUUCUCCCAAAAUAUGGAGACUCCAUAGAUGAAAAUCCUGCUAUAGACAGACGGGAAAUAUUACAAAAAAAUGAGUUAAUAAAAAAAAUCCAUAUCAAAGAGGAUAUUAGGAAACCGACACCAAAGAGGGAUUCACUAGAAAAAGUUCCUGUGGAAAUCACCCCAAAAGACGACAAAUUACCAAAGAGCGACCCUCUGGUAAAAGUUCCUGUGGAAGAAAGCACCACAAAGGACAAAUUAACAAAGAGCGAUGUGGCAAAUAAAACGGGCAAAACAGAAAUCGACCAAAUCACAAAAAAGAAAAAAUGGACUAUAGAAAUACAUAUGAGUGAAAGAAAGCAAACAGAUGAAAUAAUAACGAGUAAAAAGAAAAAAAAGAAAACUGCUAUUAUAAGCACGCACAUGUGUGAAAAAAAUCAUGUAAGUGAACUCACAGACGACACCCUCGAAUCUAAAAGCAAAGAUGAUGAUAAAAACGUGGAAGAAGAAGAAAAAGCAGUCGCUAAGAAGAAAAAAUUCAAGGUAGAUGUACAUUUAGAAAAAAAAAAAAAGAAAAAGGGAAAACCUGUAAUUAAAAAAAAAACAUGGAUAAUUGAAGCAAUUAUGAAAAAUGUUGCCCCAAAGAAGGAGUUGGAAAUAUUAAAAGAAUUACCUGUGUCCCAUGUAAUUGAUGUAGACGUCAACGAUCCGUUAUACCGAACAAAAGAAGAAAUUCUUUUUGAAAGUAUUCUUGCGAACCCUAUAAAAGAACCUAGUAGAAAAAAAAGGAGAGCUGGACUUUUAAAGAAAUUGGCUAUUUAUGGAUUAGUACCAACACUUGCUAUAGGAGCUAUAAUAGGUUUAACAAUAGGAUAUAUUCAUGUAGCGCCCAUAGAUGUUUAUUUAGACUCUACUGCUGUAGGCCUCAAGAAAACUGCUGAAAUUGUUGUACAGGAAGCGCCUACAAUUGCACUUAACCUUGGACUGUGCUUGGCUGAUAAUGUAAUGAACUCUUUCUUGGAGACUUUUUCGCUUUUUAAUCCUUUUAUUUCUGCUGCACAAUGUACAGGAAAUGCGGUAGCAAGUACCGUAUCUGCCGUUACUGAAGCCGCAUUGGAGGGUGCUGCUGUAGCUACUUCAUAUGGUACAUUAUAUGGUGUAUUGCAAAUAAUGUUCCCAUCAUUAAUAGCUCUUGGAGUUGCAGUCCUUAUUUAUAUUAUAUUCUUAUAUUUAGAUGAAAAAGGGAAGAUGGAAUGGUUCCACAGAUAUAGAAGGAAGUUUAUAAAAAGUAUAAAGAAGAAAUAUAAUGAAUUUAAGAUGUCCAGAAAAACAAAAAAGAGGAAAAGAUGGUAUAGGAAAUUUCUAUCUAAAAUGGAAUACAUAUGA